GCCGCAGCAGCUCCUGCUGCUUGUGCCAUAAGCAGCACUCGCUCUCUCGCCCGCGCCGGCCAAUUCUGCGAGCUGCACGCUAGACUGAGGCUCGCUUCGCUCGGCGCUCGACUGCUCGCGGGAAGCCCGAAUCCCGGCUGCCUUGGGAAGAAGUGGAGGCUCUGCCGCCUAGACUAGCUCAGCCGAGCGCCGAGCAGUGCUUCCAGGAACAAUAACAGAAGAGCCGGGGGUUGCGAGAGCAAAGAAACGGCCGCCCCACUCCUUCUCUCACCUCCUCCUCCACCCCCGCCGCUAGCCUCUCGCCCCCCUUCCCCUUCCCCUCCCCCCCCUCAGGUCGCAGCCCCCGCUUCAUGAUGUACGCCUUCGUCCGGUUCCUGGAGGACAACGUGUGCUAUGCGCUGGCCCGUGUCGUGCGUGCAGGACUUCAGCCCCAAAUCCGGCUCGACUUCGACCAGAAGGUUUACACCGUCUACCGCAGCCCGGCUCACGACCCCGAGGACGGCGACGAAGCCCCCGGCGAGUGGGGAGAGCGGCCGCCGCUGCACAAGGCCCAGAUCCUGGCUUUGGCAGAAGAUAAAACAGACCUUGAAAACAGUGUGAUGCAGAAGAAAAUUAAAAUCCCCAAGCUCUCUCUCAAUCACCUAGAAGAAACAGGGGAAAUUACAGAUUAUGGGGAUGAAGAUAUGGAACUUAGACACUGUAAGAGACAAGAUGGAAAGAAACAGAAUGAAGGUACGCACAAAAGCAUUGAAGCAGUAGUUGCGCGCCUUGAAAAACAAAAUGGAAUGAGUCUCAGUAGUAAUUCCAGUCCUGAGGCAACAUUUAUGGAAACUUCAGACAGAAUGAACAAUAUGGACGAUGCUGUAGUUCCUCGAGUUCUUUAUGAAGAGUUGCUGAGAAGCUAUCAGCAACAGCAAGAAGAAAUGAGGCACAUUCAACAGGAACUUGAGAGAACAAGGAGGCAGCUUGUUCAACAAGCAAAAAAGUUAAAAGAGUAUGGAACAUUAGUGUCAGAAAUGAAGGAGCUAAGAGAUUUGAACAGACGGUUACAGGAUGUCCUGCUUCUCAGAUUAGGCAGUGGUCCUGCCCUAGAACUUGAAAAGGUUACACCUGAAUCCAUUGAACCCGAGCCUGAUGUACAGACAGCUUUCAGUGAGGAAGCAAACACGUCAACAUACUACCCAGCUGCUAUUCCUGUAAUGGACAAAUAUAUUCUAGAGAAUGGGAAGGUUCAUCUUGGAAGUGGCAUCUGGGUAGAUGAGGAGAAAUGGCACCAGCUGCAAGUAACGCAAGGAGAUUCAAAGUAUACAAAAAACUUAGCAGUUAUGAUUUGGGGAACCGAUGUUCUUAAAAAUAGAAGUGUUACAGGUGUGGCCACUAAGAAAAAGAAAGAUGCUGUUCCUAAGCCGCCUCUCUCACCUCACAAGUUAAGCAUUGUCAGAGAAUGUUUGUAUGACAGAAUAGCACAAGAAACUCUGGAUGAAACAGAAAUUGCACAGAGACUCUCCAAAGUCAACAAGUAUAUUUGUGAAAAAAUCAUGGAUAUCAAUAAAUCAUGUAAAAAUGAAGAAAGGAGAGAAGCAAAAUAUAAUUUGCAAUAAAUUUUGAAUUUUUAAUAAAGUGUCAGUGUUUUACUCUG